AUGGUUCUUCGUGGUUUAUAUGGAGCAUACGUUAAAAAUUAUAAAGAUUUGGAGAUUGUGAUGGACAAGUCGACUGGUAGUUUUGGAAUAGUAAGGUUAUAAGCUUUAUUCAAAUUUUUUCGCGUUUAGGAAGUUGACAAUCUGUUCUUGAAUAUGGGUAUAUUCAUGUUGAAUCGCAUCCACAUGGCUGAUAUUUACGGGAUAAAGACGGAACGGCAGCUAUUGGUAAGUUUAAUGAAGUCAAUACUUUUUUUUAUGUUUGGAUACGUUGAUCUUACUCUUGUUUUUUAAAUUUUUUAUUUUUGGGCUUUUCGGCUUGUCUUUGGGAUGUUAUUUUAAAUGGAUUUUAUUUACAAAAAAGGUGUUGUAAACAAAUUUUAAGUUUAUCUUUAUAAGAUGUUGUUUCAGAGUAUGUGCAUGGAUGCCUUAGACGAAUUAGUCGAUACAAUUAAGCUUAAAAAGUUGUUGUACAUGGCGUUUUGUGGUCUUAUUCCAAUGCAAGAACUGGUUCGUCGACGUCCAAAGCGAUUGGUUCGGGGAGAACAACAUCAUCGAGCUAAUGAAAAGAUACAAAGUGUUCGCGAAAAGCUGGCUGAACACGAUGUUGAACUUCCUAAAAGAUUCUGUGAGAAUUUCGACACAUUCGCGGUGCAUUUUGGGUCUGAUUUCAUGGAUAAGGUCGUUCAUACUCUUGAUAACCACAUAAAUAGGAGGAUGGAGAAAGAAUGGAAGAAUCUAAUGGUAUGUUGGUUCUUCUAUUUAUUGCGUUUCAUGUUUAAAUACAUAGACUGAUAGUAUAAUUAAGUCAAUUUGCUUUGAUGUUAUAGGCACUGUUUCAUAAAAAUGGAAAUUUAUAAUAUUUUUGUUUUAGGUUAUAGUGUCAAAUCACACAAUACCGGGAAAGCCGACUGCCAAAAUCUUGGAUUUUAUCCGGUCUCAACAUUAUCCUCCAGACGUCUCAAACAUGGCUUUCUUUCCAGAAAAUACGUCAUUAAUCGAAGCUCUAACACUGAAUUCCAAAAACUUUUAUGUGAUAAGAAGAGGGCCCAGGAACGAUGGAUGUUGUGUUUGUUUGGCUGAAAACCAUCAAUAUCAUCAAUGUAAUGCAACUGUGGCUUGGCAAUUCUUGCCGAUUAAGCUAGUACCGCCUACGGAUGUUUAUUCUGUUCUUGAUUUGGAAGUGCUCAAGGAUCAUAUUUUGAACGAGUUUCGUUAUGUCAAGGGAAUGGAUGUGAUGGAGCACUAUGUAAGUUAACCCUCUAAAACUUGUUUAUAAUUUACAUUAAUUAUGUUUUAACAUGCAAGUUUUUCAGAUCUUCUUUGCUGCUUGGUUUGAAUCGGAGCCAUGGUUUCAGGGAUCGUUCUACUUUGCUGCCCGACUACUAAUGAGUUGUUUGCAAAUGUUCCACAAGCCUUUGGUUAAGGAUAGAAGUAUUAUCUAUGAAAAUUUGAAAGGAUUCUUUCGGUGUUUGUUUGAAAGCAAUUCUAAGUCGGCUACGGAUUUUAUGAGCUUGGCCAAUAUGAACUGCAGCGUUGAAGAAUAUUAUCAAUUUUACUAUGGUAGCGUGGAUCAAGGUUUUAGAAUAAAAUUGACUCUUGAAUUUUACAAAAGCAUCUAUUGGACCUAUGACUAUAUGGUUAAAGUAAGUUUAUGAUACUGAGAUGUAUUAUCGGGUCUUUUUACGUUGGUGAUAUUAGUACCUUAUGGAAGGUUGAUGUUAGUAUAGACACGGAUAUGUUUUGUGAGCUUAUGUAUUAACGUGUGUAAUACCUUAUGUAAUAACAUCACUUUAAGGGUCUCAAAGUAGAUUGUGAUUACUACAAUACAUAUGAAUUCAUACCACACAUAAGCGACAUUGUACAUUUGACUCCAGAAAGCCCGCCCAUCUUUAAACACUUGUAUUCUCAAACUAAUGUAAUGUCACAGCUAUUUGCUUCUAUUACUCCGCACAAUUUGUAAGUACAUUGAGCAUCCUGAGUGAAUCCCAAUGUUUAUGAGCGAUGGGGUGUUUUAUAAAUUUUGUUGAUGUUUCAGGAACAGAAUGGACGUAAGGAAAGUAAUAUUUCCCAUUUCAGCAAGGUCCUUCCAAGACAGUGGCAACCACUCCUGCGUGAUGUGCACCCAGAUAUUUCUCACAUUUUCCCGAAAAUACCUGAAGACGCUUUGGAGUACAAAUUUAAGGACGUGCCGUGCUGUGAUCUCACUGAUUUGUUCAAAUUUUUGGAAAAGGUAAGCGAAAUAACCUUGGUUUUGAUGAUUUACUAGGUUGUUUAAGUAACUCUGUGCCUCCUCUUAAGGAAAAUUUUUGAGGUUAGGGGACAGAUUUAUUUGAAUGACCUAAUGGUUAGAAAAUAACAAGAAAAAUAAACGAAAAGUUGUAAUGAAAGUAGCAAAAAGGUUUCAAUUUAUCUUUUCAGCACUUUGGAGAUCUGCGCACCACCCAAAUGAAACAGUUGAGGAAAGGCAAGAUCGAAGUGUUUGUGGACGAAGAACACCCAUUAUGCCAAUAUAUUGUUAAAUGCUUGAAAUCGGAACAAGAAAAUGAUGAAUUAGAGAAGAAAUGGGUAAAGACAUCUGUAAAACAACAUGGAGUUGAAGGACUGAUGAGUUCAACAUCAAACAGGGCUAUUAAUGGACAAAUGAAGUUACACUUGAGCAAUGUUGAUGUGACUGACAAUGACACAAAGGAGUUGAUGGAGCAGUUUGAGAAUAUUAAGAUUUAG